CUUGAAACGGAAGUCACAUCCCUCUCAACCCGAGAAUAGAAAUAAGAAAUUUGCUACUGAUCUGAGAGAUCAAGCAGAAUCCAAUAUUGAAUAUAAUGAUGAAGACAGAGACGAAUAUGAUGCAGGUUUGUUGGAAAGAGUCGAAGAAGCACAACUUCAGGAAAAAGCAGAUAUCCUGUAA